AUGGAGGCUGCAGCUGUGGCUGGAUCUGGAUUUGGGAGAGGGUAUGCGAAUGGGGCUGUGGAUGCUGAUGCUGGUGCUGGUGCUGCGCAUGUUGCUGCUGCUGCUGCGGCUGCUGUUGCUGCUGUUGCUGAUGCUGCUGAUGCUGGUGUUGUGGAUGGGGAAGAGGGUGAGCCUGGCCUGGGGUUGGAGCUGGAGCUCCUGGACCUGGCAUAUAUGGCUGGCUCAGAAGGUUGUCCAUAA